UGGGAAUUAGGGCAAACAGAGCAGAGGGUUUUGUGGUUCGGGCAUUUCGGACAGGCGGCGCAAGCGCGGCAGGGCACAAUGUCGUCGUCGCGGCGAGCAUUGACGGAGCAAGAUUUGUCAAAGCUGGAUGCAGCGAAGCUCACUCCACAGUCGCCAGAGGUCAUCUCGAGGCAAGCCACGAUCAAUAUCGGCACCAUUGGGCAUGUGGCGCACGGCAAAUCCACAGUCGUCAAGGCGAUCUCUGGCGUCCAGACUGUCCGCUUCAAGAAUGAAUUGGAGCGUAACAUCACAAUCAAGCUCGGCUAUGCGAAUGCGAAGAUUUACAUGUGUGAAGACGAGCGAUGCCCUCGGCCGAAAUGCUACAAAGCUUACGGGAGUGGCAAGGAAGAUAGUCCCUUUUGUGACGUUCCUGGAUUCGAGAACUGCCGGAUGGUGCUCAAGAGGCAUGUGUCUUUCGUGGAUUGUCCUGGACAUGAUAUUCUCAUGGCUACGAUGCUUAAUGGUGCUGCGAUCAUGGACGGCGCUUUGCUUUUGAUUGCCAGCAACGAAAGCUGCCCGCAGCCGCAAACUUCCGAGCAUCUUGCGGCUGUGGAGAUCAUGCGCUUAAAGCACAUUAUCAUUCUCCAAAACAAGAUCGACUUGAUCCAGGAAAGCGUGGCACUUAACCAAUAUGAUGCCAUCAAGAAGUUUAUCCAGGGCACCGUCGCCGAUAACGCUCCAGUGGUGCCUGUUUCAGCGCAACUCAAGUACAACGUCGACGUUGUUUGUGAAUACAUCGUGAAGAAGAUUCCCAUUCCGGAGCGUGACUUCAUCUCCCCACCAAACAUGAUUGUCAUCAGAUCUUUCGACGUGAACAAGCCGGGAGCGGAGGUGGACGAAAUCAAGGGCGGAGUGGCUGGCGGGAGUAUUCUCAGGGGUGUUCUAAAGCUGGGACAGAAGGUGGAAGUCCGUCCCGGGAUCGUGGCAAAGGAUGACAAAGGAAACAUCAAAUGCACACCGAUCUUCUCCCGAAUCGUCUCGCUCUUUGCGGAGCAGAACGAGCUCCAGUUCGCGGUGCCUGGAGGCCUCAUCGGUGUCGGCACGACGAUCGAUCCGACGCUCACUCGGGCUGACAGACUCGUCGGUCAGGUGCUUGGAGAAGUGGGAGCUCUUCCGGACGUGUUUGUAGAGCUCGAGGUGAACUUCUUUCUAUUGCGUCGGCUCCUGGGAGUAAGAACUAAAGGGUCGGAGAAGCAAGAGAAGGUCUCCAAGCUCGCCAAAGGAGAGAUGUUGAUGCUCAACAUCGGAUCAAUGUCGACGGGAGCUCGCGUCCUGGCCGUGAAGAACGAUCUGGCCAAGCUCCAACUCACGUCCCCGGUUUGCACGAGCAAAGGCGAGAAAGUGGCAUUGAGCCGGAGAGUGGAGAAGCACUGGCGUUUGAUCGGCUGGGGACAAAUCCAAGCCGGCAUGACCAUCGACAUCCCUGCGGUAUCAGUUUAACGGAAAAAAUAAGUCAAAAGAGAUUAAAUGAGAGAGUUUCCUUUAAAUAUUUUUGUCAAUGAGUGUUCAACGAAUAUUCCAACAAACUCCUUUAUUU